CUUAGAUCAGAACAGCACAACACCCAACUUGCUCUCAUUCUAGAGUCUGUAUAUCAAGAACCAUGUUUAGCGCCAGAUCUGCCUUUCCCUUUGGGACAAGACUGCCCUAUUGGACUCUUCCAAAACGAGCUACACUAUGCAACUUUCAGUCACUGGCUUCAGCUCCUUGCAAACGGGGCAUAUCCUUGCAGCCAUCGAAACCUCUACGAGUGAAAAACGACCCAUGGCGGCAAGAUCGGUUUAUCGAAAAUGACAAACUUACGCAGCUUCGACUCCGACGAGGGUUGGGAAUAACAUUUAUUCCAGCUAGUGAUAAAUUGCUUGCCCAACAAUGCCGAGAAGAGCAAAUAAAGCGGGGUCAUUAUCCGCGCGAUAUUCCGGGGAAGGGAAGAUCAGAGGCUGGAUUUUACGUCUCAUCUGCUGUCGCUGAUUUAUUCAUAAAGAAAACACCAAGCGAGGUUGCGAAGGAGCAGUGGUUCUUCAAGGUAAAUAAGAAAUAUUACUGCAUGGAACCUGUAUAUAUCGAGCAAAUGUAUCGUUUCUAUGGAGAGGGGGAUAUGGAGCCCCAGGGAGAUAUAGACUUGCUGGUGGAAAAGUAUAUAAAUGAAUAUCUGAAGAAAAAGGACAAGGACUUUCGAGGGAGGACAACACAAGAGAUUAUAGAACUGUUCCGGGGGCCCCAAACAAUGGAGAUAGCCUGAUUAAGUAUUUAACUCUAGCUACCUCAAACCAGGCUCUUAUCAAUAAGAUAUAAGUAUAACAGAGAGUGGAU